AACAAAGCGAAGCGACAGGUCACACUCGCAGCAGUCGCACACACGCAGACAGCCUUGCUCAAUCGCCGCUUGUGUCCCACCCGACGUGCGUCCGGAAAUACAUUGAACUGAUCGUGUUUGGGGGGAAGCCGUGUGAUCCACAAGUUGGCACUUCCAGAGGAGCAGAAAGCGGGACACACACACACGGCAGCAGGAAGGGCUAACCAUGAGCGAAGCUGUCGAGGCCGCACCGGCCUCCAGGACCACCAGCCAGUAUGACCUAACCCGGACCAUCAGCAAGUAUUUGGAUCUGCACAUGAUGUUCCCGCUGCUGGACUUCGUGGAGAUGUCGAACAUCUACCCCGCGGACCAGGUCGCGCAGGCCCGGCUCGACCUCCUCGACGGGACGAACAUGAGCGACUACGCAAUGGAGAUUUACAAGAGCCUCAACAACACGGAUGAAGACCCGCCCGACAUGGUGGAACGUCGCGCGGAGGUGUUCGCCCGCAUGUCUACCCUCAAGGAUGAGGCUGGCAUCCUGACGGAGGUCUUCGCCGACAAGGCUGUGGUGGAGGAGGCCUCGUUGACCCAAGUGGACCCCGCCAGCUUCACCCAGCAGCAGCUCUCGGUGGAGAAGCUGAUCAAGGAGCAGAACUUCACCUGGAAGGGCAUCAAGGGCGAGCUGGGGCUAGAGGACUCAGCCCUGGAGGCGUACUACGCGAACGCCAAGUUUCAGUCCGACUGCGGCGACUACGUGACCGCCGCCGCCGCCCUCAAGAGCUAUUGCGACAUCACGCAGACCCCCGGGGUCCCCGGCAGCGGUCCCAACGGCAUGAGCGCUCUGUGGGGCCGGCUUGCUUGCGAGAUCCUGGUGGCCAACUGGGACGGCGCGUUGACCCUGUUGCGAGAGCUCAAGUCCUGCAUCGAAUUCACCAACGCUCCCCCUUUGGAGCAGUUGCAGCAGAGGAGCUGGCUGCUGCAUUGGAGCUUGUUCGUCUUCUUCAACCACGCCAACGGAAGGGAUGAGCUUGUCACCUUGUUUUUCGAGGAGCCCUUCAUGCAAGCCAUCCAGACCAACUGCCCCUGGCUGCUACGGUAUUUGGUGACGGCGAUCAUCCUUACCAAGGCGGGGGCGGGAGGAGGCAAGUACGUGAUGCGGGACUUGAUGCGCGUGCUGGAGCACGAAAAGCACGCCUACACCGACCCCGUAACGGAGUUCCUGGAGGGGCUUCAGAUGUCCUUCGACUUCGACGGCGCGCAGGCACGGCUGGUCGAGUGCGAACGGGUUCUGCUGAGCGACUUUUUCCUUUGCAACUGCGCGGACGAGUUCAUGGAGGCGGCCCGUCACUUCAUCUUCGAAACGUACUGCCGCAUACACCACAAGAUCGACAUCGGCAUGCUCGCCGAUAAGAUGGGGAUGGAGAUGGAAGCAGCCGAGAAGUGGAUAGUAGACCUCAUCCGGGGAUCUAAGUUGGACGCCAAGAUCGACUCGCGCGACAACAAUGUCAUCAUGGGCGGCACGUUCCCCUCGGUCUACCAGCAGCUCAUGGGGAAGACAAAAGACCUGACGGUGCGCAGCUACACCCUGGUCAACAUGCUCAAGCAGCUUGCCACCGACACCGCAAAUGGCGUCACCCCUGACCCGGCGAACUACAGCGGCCGCGGCGGUGGCGACUGGGGCAGCGGACGGGGUCGCGGGAGGGGGAGGGGCGGCGGGGGACGGUCAGGCGGCCGGGGAGGAGACAGGGGCAGCGGCGGGGGCAGGGGUAGCAGUGGCGGCGGCGACCGGGGUUACCAGAGCAGAGGGGGCGGCAGGAACAGCUCCCGUGGGGGGGACUGGUGAAAUGAGCAUGGCCGUACGUGACGGAAGACAUCCCACCCCCCUGGACCAAUUCUCGGAGCCCGAUACUCUGCUGCACAAGACAGCAGCGGCGCUGGAAAUGGCGGGAGUCUUGUCUAGAGCUUUCCGAAAACGUGUCGUAUGGUUUAUGGACCCUCUUCGACGUUGAGUAAGCGAGCUUAUUGAAGAUAUCGGUCCAAGGGGUGUGGUAUGUUGUGUCAUGUCACCUACGGUAUUAGUAGGGCAGAGGGG